AAUAAGAGAGCGAAAUACAUAGGAAGGGAAGAGAACUAUCUAUGAGAGGAAAGGGAGUGAGAGUACAAGGGUGAAAGUAAAAGAGAAAGAAAGAAAAGGGAAAAAAAAAACUUGUUCCAUGUUCGUGAAGUUUCUUUUUGGUAAUUUUACCAAAAUUUAACGUAAACAAACUCAUUGGGACAAAUAUCAAUUUUUUCCUCCAAAAUUGGAUCAUUUAUCCGGCGUACCCCUGAAUUGAACCUAACCCAUCAACCGUUUGUUAAACACUCCUUGAAAUUUUGGCCACUCUGGUUGAUUGAGAAGCCCAAUGGCUGCAGGGACAUCUUUCUUAAGGCAAUGUAUAGCUACGGCUACAAGAACAUUGGUCACCGCGAAAUUGAAACAUUCCAGCAACCAUUUCACGGCUUUUCUCCUCCCACUUCGCACUCGCUCUCGAAGAUUGACCAUUUGUGCUGGUAUCACAAACAAUGAAGAAGUUGCUGCUAAAGCAGCUGCAUCUCAUGCAGACAGUGGAACUCCAACCAUAUUUGACAAAAUAAUAGCCAAGGAAAUUCCUUCGGACAUUGUUUAUGAGGAUGAUAAAGUCCUUGCAUUUCGAGACAUAAAUCCACAGGCUCCUGUUCAUAUAUUAAUCAUUCCAAAGCUCAGAGAUGGAUUGGCAGAGCUGGGAAAGGCUGAAGCAAGACAUGGAGAGAUACUGGGUCAGCUGCUGUAUGCAGCCAAAAUAGUGGCUGAAAAAGAGGGUAUUGUUGAAGGAUUUCGAGUAGUCAUCAACAGUGGUGCAAGUGCUUGUCAAUCUGUGUAUCAUCUUCACUUGCAUGUCCUGGGAGGGAGACAGAUGAAAUGGCCUCCAGGUUAAAGGCAACUACAUUUUUUUGUAAUAAUAUCAUAGCUAAACUCUUUUUGAUUGUACUGUAUCUGCAUUCAGUGAGUGAGAACUGAGAAGCUUAAACAUAAGAAAAAUAAAGGCCAGCAAUGACUUUUGCAGAUGUGACUCAAAUUGGAUGGUUGUAUCAGCUUAUAUUUAUAAAAGGUGAAGUAGUGUUUCAAA